GGUCCUUUUCUUCUCCGCCAUCUAUUUCUGGUUCUACGCAUCCGCACUCUGGAAUCAGUGGAUCACCCAAAACCAAGAGUACUUCCCAACCCAAAUCAUCAUCAUCCUGCUCCUUCCACAAUCCACAUUAUAGUCCAGAGAAAAGCCAAUAUUACAAUAUAUAAUUAGAUACACACGAGCCAAUCGCUCUUUUCCCAAACAACUUUUGUGGGCGAGGAGGUCUGGUUUUGAAGCUGGAAGAAAAUGUUUGGAUUCUCUCGCCGUCGUGUGAAGCAUGCAAGGUUGAAGGCCCAGCUUUCGGACAACACCCAGGGAACUAGGAGCCCCAUAAGGCAGCCCAGAAAAAAUGGCAAGUCCGGUUCUAAUGGUGAUGGAGUAGUUUCAGGCACAAAUGACCAUUCUGACGAACUUGAUUGUCAGUGUUCUUCAUCUUCUGCGCCUGAGAUAAGUACUUCUACGACAUUGGGCAGCUCAGAGAACUGGAUGGUGUUGUCAAUUACAGGAGACAAGCCCGCUCCUAGAUCCGAUCAUGCAGCAACUGUUGUUGGGAAUAAAAUGAUAAUGGUUGGUGGCGAAUCUGGGAAUGGGCUGUUAGAUGAUGUGCAGGUGCUAAGUUUUGAUAGGUUUUCCUGGUCCACAGCAUCCUCAAAGCUUUACUUGUCGCCAAGCAGUUUGCCAUUAAAGAUUCCAGCAUGCAAGAAUCACUGUUUGGUUUCCUGGGGGAAAAAGGUGCUCCUUGUUGGGGGUAAAACAGACCCUGGAAGUGACAGAAUUUCAGUUUGGGCAUUUGAUACAGAGACAGAAUGUUGGUCAGUCAUGGAAUCAAAGGGAAAUAUACCGGCUGCUCGGUGGGGUCAUACUGUUGUUAGGGCAGGCUCUGUUUUAAUAUUGUUUGGGGGUGAGGAUGCAAAAAAGAGGAAAUUGAAUGACCUACAUAUGUUUGAUCUCAAGUCCAUCAACUGGCUUCCUCUUCACUGCACGGGAACGGCACCGUCUUCAAGAUCCAACCAUGUGGCGGCUCUUUAUGAUGACAAAAUUCUUUUUAUAUUCGGGGGAGCAUCAAAGUCCAGGACCUUGAAUGAUUUAUACUCGCUUGAUUUUGAAACUAUGGUAUGGUCAAGGAUAAAGAUAAAAGGUUUCCAUCCAUCGCCUAGAGCCGGUUGCUGUGACGUGCUAUAUGGAACUAAAUGGUAUAUUGCAGGGGGUGGAACUAGGAAAAAACGGUGUGGAGAGACUUUAAUAUUUGAUAUUUUGAAAAGGGAAUGGUCUGUUGCAGCUGCCUCACCUCCUUGUUCCAUCACUACCAAUAAGGGUUUCAGUCUAGUGCUUGUGCAGCAUAAGGAAAAGGACUUCCUUGUUGCAUUUGGGGGGUCCAAAAAAGAAGCGUCAAAUCAGGUGGAAGUGCUGAUAAUUGAAAAAAAUGAAUCAGCAGUGGGAAGACGAUCAACUCUUACAAAAGCUCCAGGAUCUUCACUGUUUGAAAAACAUUCAUCGUCUGCUGGAUUGGCAUCUCAAUUUAAUAAUGAUUCUUGCCAGCGGCGUUUAGUUGAAUCUGCUGCUAGACAAAAUCUGGGAUCUUCAAUUGAGCAUGGGUCUGGAAGGAAAUCUCUGUCACAGUCCCUUGUUGAUCACACUUCUCUCUCUAAUGACGUCUCUCUUCGGAAGCAAUUUGAUGACAAUGAAGAAUACAGCCCAGAUGUUAGGGUAGACAAGAAUUCAGAAUAUGACAGUUCUUUCCCUCAGGCAACAGAGCAUAGAAUUAAUCAAAAUGAUCCUGGAUAUCAGAUGAACACAAAUAGAGCCAAGAGCAGCAUGGAGGAACCACAGGCGUCAGGACACGGAAAUUCAAAUCAACUAAACCAGGCAUUUGGAGAUCUCACGCUGGAAAGUGAUGACGUGCCAUUCUCAGAAAACAAUAAACCAGGAUCACUGUCCAACCCAUCAAGUAUUUAUCACUACUAUGAAACAAAGGUGGCCGCCCUAUUGAGGAAAAAUGGGAUUCUGGAAGGACAAUUGACUGCUGCAAUUGCAAGCAAAGAAACUGCUGAGAAAAGUUUAGCAUCGGCUCUUAAAAGCAGGCAGGAGAUGGAGAAGAAACUGGUUGACACGUUGAAGGAGAUGGAUAUGAUUAGAGAGAAGCUGGCUGGUGUAGAAUUAGCCCAAGAAGAGGCUAACAGCCUAUCGAACAUUGUCCACUCGGACAACGUUAGACUGGAGCAUGAUGUUGCUUUUCUCAAGGCUGUCUUAGAUGACACACAGAAGGAGCUGCACUCAACGAGAGGUGUUCUUGCUGGGGAAAGGGGUAGGGCAUUCCAAUUACAGGUUGAAGUAUUUCAUCUGAAGCAGAGACUGCAAUCCAUAGAGAAUCGAACACCGACUCCCAGGAAACCAUUCCAUGUGUAGUGAAAGUACAUACAUGAAUUAGUGCAUGGUAAUUUGUAGUUGUAAUUACAUAUUGAGACAGUUCUAUUCUGGAAUUCUAUCAUUUGCAUUACUUCGGUGGCGUGAGAUUGAGAGGAAAAAGCUGGAAUCACCAAUUUUAAGAAGAUCAAACACUAGCGAAAUGGUUUGACUUGGCUUUGUUGAGUAAUUCAGACAGUUGAUUUUUAUUGUUAUUA